UAUAAAUGCAGUUGCAUUAUACAAGUAGGGCUUUUUUUGCAGUCAGUGCAAUACCAUACUUUUUGUUUUUGGGGAUGAAACAGUAAAAAAGUUACUGUUGUAGCUGUUUUUCCACCAUUGAGAGGACAUUUGACAAAUUUUGCUUUAAGCCGAAGCUUACAAAGGUCUAAGUCCAAGAUGGAGGAAUCCAAUCGCGGUAUGGCUGGUUGUGAAAACGUAUCACAAUUCAUGCUCGAUGACCUACAAUUAGCUGCCGAACUGGGCAAAACCCUUCUAGAACGCAACAAGGAACUGGAAACCUUUAUAAAGGAGUAUAAAAUCAAGGGGGAUGAACAGGAACUGGAGAUAUUGCACCUACGUAAGCAUAUAAAUGCGAUGACCGAGGUGAAUGAUUCACGGCUUAAGGUUUACGAGCAAUUGGAAGUCGGUAUUCAGGAUCUUGAACGUGCCAAUCAACGACUUAAUUUGGAAAAGAAUCGGGAUAAAAAGCAAAUUAAAUCGUUGACCACCAAUACCGAGGUUUUGGAAGCCCGCUGUGAGGAACUGAAUCAGUUGCUAAGCGAUGCCCGACAAUCUUUAAGCACCGAACGGCGAAAGGUGGAUCAAUUGCAGCAGGAGCGAUACAGAAUGCAACAUUCAGCCGAGGGUUCCGUUUCAAGCCAUAGCAUUCAGUCAUUGUGCAAGGAACAGAAUUUGGAGCUUUCAAAACUGGAUGUUAUGGCCAUUGCGAACUCAACCGGACUGGAUGAUAUCUCUUUCAGUAAUGCCACCAUGUGUGAGAGGACCGCCGUAAAAGGUGAAGAUAAUGAGGAAUUGGUGAAGCUUCUCAGCGAAAUGGAGAUCCUGAAGCGAGAUUUCUUGGCUGAACAGCAGCGUUGCACUGAGCUGGAGGAACAGUUGGUGACCAUUAUCCAGGAUAACCAGGGUCUGCAGAGUCGUCUUCUCGAAAACAGUGGCAAUGAGGGAACCAUGUCGAUGCACGAAGAGUUUAGUCUUCUGGAUGACGUAAGACAAGGCCAAAUGUGUAGUCGCUGCCUGAGGGAUAUAAACGAGAGCAAUACCAACAUGGACGAUCAAUCCUCCAUCGCUCCUACUGAUGAAAUCUACGAGGACGACGACCGAAGCAUACAAAGCGAAAACACCUCAAAAUGCGAACAUAGUGCUGCGGACUACAAGGAACGUUUUCAAAUUUCCGAAGAUCUUAAUCUUAACGGAUGCGAUAAGCCAAAUCCUUAUCGAGACCUAGUCGAAAAAUAUGAAGCUUUGGUGGAAGUGAAGAGAACCUCAAAUGCGGCCAAGAACAAUUUUGUCAGCAACUCAGAUGGCAAGACCAUUACUGAAUUAAGUCAAAGCAAAAAAACCGAAACAAUUGUUAAUAGCUCAAAAGAAUCUGACCUUAUGUUGGACGCCACACGUAAGCGCACUCCAACUGAGUUUUCCGAAUCUGAAACUACAUCGUCGGGAUUCUCGGAUGAAACUAGCAACAAAUAUACACAAACUGACGAGCGGCCUAGUUUCUUCCUUUGCUCAAUUAGUAACGGAAACGAUUGUAAAUUCAGUAUUUAUGACGAUGUCAGUCCCAUUGAAUCUCAUUUCCGGAAUCGCCCCGAGUACAGGGAACUUUUCAAGGAGAUCUUCGGAGUGCUCAAGAAAGCUGCUGAUAAUAACGAAGUAGAUAAACUACCGUCCCUGCAUGAUGACGUACAGGAAAGAUUACCCCUAGUGCCGGCCAAAGUACCACCGGUAACACCCGAAAGGGAGGAAUCUCCAGAUGACUUCAUUGAUGACGACACACAGAGCGUCGUGUCCUCAGUUAUAUCUAAUCAGUCCAUAGCCAUGUCCGAGUGCGUUACCAAAUUGGAGCGCAAAACAGCCAAAAAACACAUCUUCGAAGUCAGGAAUCAACAAAACCACUCGACCCAUACGCAAUCUACCUUGUUAAAUAGCUCUUCUAAGGAAACGACAGUCGGUGAACCGAAUACUAAACAGAUUAAAGAAAAUGGCCAGGUACUUACUCCACUUAAACGGGAACCUCUCGAAUAUCUAACCGUAGGUGUCGGAAUCAAAAAGAAGAACCGACGAAAGCACCGAAACCAAUGCGCAUCCGGAGAUCGUAUCGAAUUGUUUAAUUCGCGGGAGUUCACUCCCAGGAACAGUCCUCUUGCCAUGAACAACCGUGGUGGACAAGGCAGCUCAAAGAUGUGUACGGAUACACUGAACGCAGAAUUCGGACGCAGCAAUCGUCGACGGAAUACACCUUCCUCAAGCAAUUGGAACGGUUCACCAAUGGUGAUCUAUAACAAAAAUAUGAAUACUCCCCAGACUUCUCGUGGCCGUGUAAUAGAGCUAAAUGGCGUUGAAUUUUACCAUAAUACGGUGUCGCAAGAUUUACAUAAACUCAAAAAGCUAGAUUUAUCUUAUGCUGAAGUACUUCGUCGUGCCGAUGCCGGCGAUCAUAUUCCCACAAAAUUGCAUUCCCAGCGACAACAACAUAACGGAGCCAAUAUACGAAAGAAUCAUCAUCAGUAUCGUCAAAAGUAACCUUGUUUAGAGAAUGUAAAUAAUUAAUUAUACAUUGCAUUCUAGCCAUAGGGCAUUAUAACAUUUUUUAAAUUGUAUGUGCCAUGAAGUCUAGUCCGCUUUUUAAUGUAUAGACAGUUAAAUUACAAUUACAAAUUAACUAUUAACGGAAAUUAAAUUGUAUUUCAGCAUGAUAAAAUAAAUUAUUAAAUGACCUACAACUACAAA